CAGAAUUUGUUUUCACUAUGACUCUUGAAGAAAGCAUUGCAGAGAAAAGCAUUGAGAGGAUGCAGUGUGCUGGGAAAGCAUUGGAAGAGCUUCUGGUCUCUGCACAAAGUCAGGAAUGGCUGACAGUUGGAGUCUAUGAGUCUGCCAAAGUCAUGAAUGUCGAUCUCAACUCUGUAGCAUGCUGUGUUCUGGCAACUGAUGAGGAGUAUGAAUGCGACAUCGCACUGCAAAUCCACUUCACCUUAAUCCAGGUGUUCUGCUUUGAUAAGCAACUGGCUGAGAUUCUGGUCAAUACUGAUGAGUCUGGCAAACCUAAAGAUGUGCAUUGCAUUCUCAUCACGAAUCCAAGUGAAGAUACGUUUGAAGACCCUGCUCUGGAAAAGCUGAGCUUGUUCUGUGAGGAGUGUCGCAGCUUCAGUGAAUGGGUCCCUGCUAUCACACUCCCUGAGCAGUAA